GGCACUCUGGCGGUAGAUUCAUACUUUUGGGAUGAUAUGUGUAGAGCCUUGCACGGCUAAGACCGAUUCUCACCCGAUAAGAUGGAGAACAGAAGAACGGGGGAACACCCGGUAUCUGAGGCGGAACGGCGCGCAGGGGCAGAGUCUUACCUCCAGUUUGCAAAGAUAGGGGCUUGAAAAAAUCAAGUCUUUGAAAGUAGGGGAAUAUAGUCCGUCUUGCUUGGCUUUGCAAGUCAGAUAACGCUGUGGUGAUAUCUGGGGCUCACGAUCAGCGAACCUCCUCCCUGAUUGACAAAGCAAUUGAGCUCUCUUCCAUCACCAGUCAUGCCGUCCAUUUCCUCUCCGUCCCAAUUGACCGCUGUCAUCGGGUUCAACUUACCUGACGAGCGACUGGAUCACGAUCCCUCUGUCUACUUGACUUAUCUUGAGGGUCGCGAGAAGCCCGUGGAACACAUCCGAGUCCCAGUAUUGGAUCUACGUCCGGAACUCGAGGCAGAGCAGCAAGUCCAUCCACAACAACAGCUCUAUGAACGGGGGUACGCCGUGACGAAGCAUCAGAGUCCAUUUGUAGAGCGAGUGGCUUCCCCAGAAGGUAUCGAAGGAUAUCUCGCAGAGUCUGCCGAACUCCUCCGAUCGUACAUUGGCUGCACUCGUGUGAUCGCUUGGAACUCGGUCAUUCGACGGAAUGCAGAAGGGGUCAAGUUGAAGCCUAUCGAAAAGCAAAAGGGUCCAGAAAAAGGAUUCAAACCUACGGAUCCGUCUAGGAUUCAGCCUAUUGCCGGAGUAGCCCAUGUCGACCAAGAUGCGACCUGGGGCAAAGAGCUGGUGGGUAAAGCGGCCGGGAGACCAGCCGACAGUUUUCAACGGGGUAUGAUUGUGAACCUCUGGAGACCGCUCAACGGACCCGUGACUAACGCUCCAUUGGCCAUGGCUGACGGGCGGACAUUCACUUUCAAAGACAUCUCACGACACGCCUCGCAGUACGGAAUAGGGAUCGAUAUUCAUCAUUCACCUUCCCAACAUUGGUCUUACAUCCGACAUCAGAUGCCAGACGAGAUCAUCCUGCUGAAAUGCUAUGAUACCGCUCAAGGAAGUGACGGAAGCGUCCUAUACUGUGGACACGUGGCUGUCAAGGUGGACAACGAUGCGGAUGGGAUCGCUCCUGAGUUGGUGAGACCUCGAGAGAGUAUAGAAGUGAGAUUGGUCGCUUUGUGGGAGUAGUCCAACAAAGAAAAGGUCAGAGUGGUCAUGAGGGGCGGUUGUAAUCGUUGAUGCCAUGCAUUAUCCAUUGUUUCGGUA